GGGUUUUUCUUCUCGCCUCUGCGACGAGAGGUUUCUGCUAAGCGAAACCAAACAAUUUUGCGGGAAAGUGAUAGAAAAUGAACAGAUCACCAUUGCUUGUAUUUUUAACAAUUUUAUUUUCCUUCUUUACGUUGUUCAAUCUCAGUUAUGCAUUGUACGGAUCAUCAUCACCGGUAGUUCAGCUCACUCCUACCAACUUCAAGUCCAAGGUUCUGAACUCCAAUGGGGUUGUUCUGGUUGAGUUCUUUGCACCUUGGUGUGGCCAUUGUAAAGCUCUGACACCUAUAUGGGAGAAAGCAGCAAGUGUCUUGAAAGGUGUUGCUACUGUGGCAGCUCUUGAUGCCGAUGCACACCAGUCCCUUGCUCAGGAAUACGGGAUCAGAGGAUUUCCAACCAUAAAGGUGUUUGUACCAGGGAAGCCUCCAGUAGAUUACCAAGCAGCUAGGGAUGUCAAACCAAUUGCAGAAUUUGCACUGCAGCAGAUAAAAGAACUUUUGAGGGAACGUCUAGGUGGAAAAACAACUGGAGGAUCAAGUGAUAAAUCUGAACCUAAUGCAUCUGUCGAAUUGAAUUCCCACAAUUUUGAUGAGUUGGUGCUCAAAAGCAAAGAACUUUGGAUUGUGGAGUUUUUUGCACCUUGGUGUGGACACUGUAAAAAGCUGGCUCCUGAGUGGAAGAAGGCUGCUCGUAACUUGAAGGGCAAAGUGAAGUUGGGUCAUGUGGAUUGUGAGUCUGAGAAGUCUUUGAUGAGCAAAUUCAAUGUUCAAGGAUUCCCCACUAUCUUGGUGUUCGGUGCUGACAAAGAUAGCCCAAUUCCGUACGAGGGUGCUAGAACUGCCUCAGCUAUUGAAUCAUUUGCUCUAGAGCAGCUGGAAACAAAUGUUGCACCUCCUGAAGUGUCUGAGCUUACUAGCCCAGAUGUUAUGGAAGAAAAGUGUGGCUCUGCAGCCAUCUGUUUUGUUUCUUUCCUUCCUGACAUUUUGGACUCCAAGGCUGAUGGGAGAAAUAAGUACCUUGAGAUGAUGUUAGCAGUUGCGGAGAAGUUCAAGAGGAGUCCUUACAGCUAUGUUUGGGCAGCUGCUGGUAAGCAGCCAGAUCUUGAAAAGCGUGUAGGUGUCGGUGGCUAUGGCUAUCCAGCUCUGGUAGCUUUGAAUGUGAAGAAAGGAGUUUAUACUCCACUGAAAAGUGCAUAUGAGCUUGAGCAGAUCAUAGAGUUUGUCAAGGAAGCUGGGCGUGGUGGAAAGGGCAUUAUGCCUUUAGACGGAACCCUGGUGAUUGUGAAAACCGAACCGUGGGACGGUAAGGAUGGGGAAAUCAUUGAAGAGGAUGAAUUUUCGCUUGAAGAACUCAUGGCAGAAUAAGCUGCCUGAGUAGUGUGAUUAGUUUUAAGCAGAAAAACUAAAGGUCCGGGAAGGAAUGAGAAUGUAGGCUAAAGACGAUUUUGAUCUUGUCAGCAAUGUCUGUUUCUUCUUAAUGUUACUGUAUUUAAUGAAACAGAUUUCUUGUUAUGAUUGGUAAUUAUUGAACUAUUGAAGUAGCAGUACUAGCACCCUUAGCUAUUAAUAAUUUUGGUGGCCCUUCGUGACUC